CCCCGGCCUCCAUGUUGGUAGGGUCCAGGUCAGAGGUCAUCAGCUCAGACAAAAUGGCGGCGCUUGUCAGUCGAGCAAGUUUGUUGAGAUCGACGAAACUUUCAAUUCACAAGGUAUGGUUCCACCAGUCGGCGGUUCUCCAGUCCGGUUCCCAGUCUGGUUCCCAGUCGGGGUUCUUCCCUGCAGCCGAAGGCGUCAUGUUGCCGACAGGAAGCUUCAGCAACAGAGUGGCGUUCAUCACAGGAGGCGGGACAGGACUCGGCCGUGCGAUGACCACCACGCUGUCCCAGCUGGGAGCUCAGUGCGUCAUCGCCAGCAGGAAGUUGGAUGUUCUGCAGAAGACGGCCGACGAGAUCAGCAGCCAGACUGGAAACAAGGUCCAUGUGGUUCAGUGUGACGUCAGAGAUCCUCAGGCAGUCUCUCGUUGUGUCGACCAGAUGGAGAGUCUGACAGGACUUCCUGAUGUGAUCAUCAACAAUGCAGCAGGAAACUUUGUGUGUCCAUCAGAGCGCCUCUCACCGAACGGCUGGAAGAGCAUCACAGACAUCGUCCUGAAUGGGACGGCAUAUGUGACUCUGGAGCUAGGAAAGAGACUGAUCCAGAGUCAGAAAGGUGCUUCCUUCCUGGCCAUCACCACGAUCUAUGCGGAGUCUGGUUCUGGAUUCGUGGUCCCGAGUGCGUCGGCGAAGGCCGGAGUCGAGGCACUCUUCAAGUCUCUAGCUGCAGAGUGGGGGCGCUAUGGCCACAGGUUUAACAUCAUCCAGCCUGGACCAAUCAGAACCAAGGGCGCGUUCAGUCGUCUGGAUCCGACUGGAGCGUUCGAGAAGGCCAUGAUAGGCCGGAUCCCGACGGGUCGCCUCGGGAAACCAGCAGAGAUCGCAAACCUGGCAGCGUACAUGAGCAGCGACUACGCCACCUGGAUGUCUGGAGCUGUGAUCCGGCUCGAUGGAGGAGAGUACGUGUCGAUGGCCGGAGAGUUCAACGAGCUCCGCAGGGUGACUCCAGAUCAGUGGACGAUGAUGGAGAAACUGAUUCGAGGAACUAAAGGAUCCUAGUGUCCCCUCUGACCACUGCCUUGGUACAUGGAGACUUGAUGAACGGAUCAGCUGACUCUCUGAUGUCAUGUGACUUUCUGCACACGCACAGUUUUCAAACAGUGAAUUUCAAACAUCACAUUGAUGGUGAUUUACGGGAGGAGGUUAGUUAUGUUAGAUUAAAUAGUUAUGUUAGAUUAGUUAGUUACAGAUGAGCAAUGAAGUUUCCUCCUUUACAUGUUCAACUGAGAAUUUAACACAAUAAAAUUCAAUAGAAACUUUUA